GCUUGCUUGGAAUCGUGAUCAGAUACAAAAUCCUUCCUGGUAUGAUCUGCUGUUUUGUCAUUUCUUUCUCCACGAAGCCGUGCCUGUACUAGCUAUCUCAAGGUCCCCGCGUACUUCUUUCUCGCAAUCUAGAAAUGAAACACAGGGUUUUGGAAGAGGCAUUUGACUUUCUUUGCUCGUGUCGUGAAUGUAAUUUUUAGACCUGUUUGCCUGAAUUGGAAAUUACGAUUGGCUUUUUUGUCGCCUGUUUGGGUUGUUUGCAAUAAUAAUGGCAAGCGAAGCUCGACUUCACGUAGGUGGGCUCUCAGAAAGUGUGAAGGAAGCAGAAUUGAGCCAACACUUCUCUUCUCACGGCACCGUGAAGAACGUGUGCAUGGUGAAGCGAGAAGGCCUACCUGGAACCGAAGUGAAGGUUUUCGCGUACGUCACACUGCAGAACACGCCGCAAGCUAUCAACAAGUGCAUAGCCAGCUUGAACAAGAAGAAGUGGAAUGGCAGCACUCUGACCGUUGCCAGAGCCAAGGAGUCUUACGUAGAGCGAAUUCGUCGACAGCAGGCUGAGGAAGAGAAGGCUGAACAAGCCAAGAAAGCAGCUGCUGCUGCAGCUUUGACUAGCGGCUGGGCUCGCACCACGAAUGGUUGCCUCGUGCCAAAGUUUCAAGUGCCGGCCAAGGCAAAGUCAUCAGCUGCCCGCGCUACACAUCGCCAGUUCACGGACUCGGAUAUUGAGGCCGAUGUCGGUUGGACCAGCACGACGUCCUCAAUGCUGCACUCCGAAGAUCGCUUGCCAGGUGAACGCCACCGCCAGCAACCAGUGGCAGCAUCAGCGCAAGGGAGCAGCAGUAGCAAGCGUGGCAGGCCUGACGACUCUGACCCGUCUAGUGACUCUCCAACUGCUGCUGCUGCUGUCAGGUCCUCACAGAGCAGCGCUGCAGGUGCUAGUAACCAGCGGGUGAAGUCGGCCGUUAAGCGUCGCAGGCAGCAGGACUCGUCCAGCGAGUCUAGUGACAGCAACAGUGGUACUGGCGGUAGCGACAGUGACUCGGGCAGUGCAUCCUGGCUCACGACUCCCUCGCGACCGGAGCGAGCAGGGCACGGCAAUGAUGCCAACAACGAUGACUCCAGCUGGUUGUUCACUCGCAGUGAUGCGGACGUUGCUGGCAGCAAAGCUGCGGGCACUGACGACAGCUGGUUGAGCCUAGGUGUGCAGCGUGAUCACCGCACUCCUACUACUACUACUACUACUACUGACAGUACCGCCGCUGGUGGUGGGUCUAAAUCUGGGCAGCGUAAGAAGAAGGUUGUGGACAGCAGCAGCAGCAGCGAAAGCAGCAGCAGUAGCAGUAACAGCAGCGAAAGCAGUAGCAGUAGCGACAGCAGUAGCGACAGCAGUAGUGACAGCAGCAGCAGCAGCAGCAGUAGUAGCAGCAGUGACGAUGACAACACUAUCACCAACAAGUCCAAACGUCUGGUAAAACCUGAAGAAAUCUCCUCGAGUAAGACAUCGACUAUUUCUCAGAAGUCUCCGCGUGCCCCUAGUGUGAAACGAGACACCAAGGGUGAUAAUGCUAAGCGUCUUGCUGCUUUGAAUGCCAAGCAAGAGGCAAGCACCCAGGCAUCCCGCUUGAUCUCCGAGUCCCUCAAGGCAGCAAGGCCCAAAUCGAUUAUCUAUUCAAGUGGCAGCAAUAGCAGUAGCAGCAGCAGUAGUAGUAGCAGCAGUAGCAGUAGCAGUGGUGAUGACAAUGAGGACGACAGCGAUGCGGAGCGCUUUGCCAUCAAGCCGCAGUUUGAGGGCAAAGUCGGAGGCAAGUUGCUGCGUCUCCAGCAGCGUGUCGGUGCUGAUGAUCGGUUCAAGAUCGACAGCCGCUUUGCAGAAUCGGACAGUGAAGAUGAAGAAGAUGACGCUGCCAACAAGGAUGAGAUUGGUAAGCAGCUUGAUGAAGAGCGCACGCGCCAACUCUCGCUGCUCUCCAACAUGUUUGGAAAGAGAAUAGCCAUGCGCAAGCCGCCGAUGAAGACAGCAGAUAUCUGGAAUCUCUCUGCCAAGAGAUAUGAUCCGACCAAGCCCGAGUGUGCAGCUCUUGAAAUCGCCCGGCCACAGGCGGUUAAGAAGGCAGCGAAUAUUAGUCUGGACAGAUUCGAUAAUGACGAAGACAGCGAUGGCCUGCCAAGCCGUCACGCAAUCGCGGCAGCCAAGGCUGAUAUCUCACAGGCGCCCGAAGUGUCCUCCGAGCGCUACUUCAAGGCGUCGGACAAGCUCAAGGAUCUGUUUGGCAAGACGGAGGAGGGGGUCGAUGCGGCUGCUACAGGCUCGUUCUCCUUCUCCUUUGCGGGCGGUGAUGAUGCAGCUCCAGCUGCUGGUGGUGAUGCUGGUGAUGCCAGCAACAACAGCAGCAGCAGCAGCAGCAGUGAUUCCGACAGUGAUGACACAAGACACACCGGCUCCACUUUCAACUCAGGAUCUGAUGGUGAGUCCGUUAGUACCACGACUGGUACACAAAAGCAGCAGCGUCAGCGCAAACCCAUGUGGAGACCCGAUGCAGUGAGAGAUACCAGUGAUGAGGAGAGCGAUGAAGAUGUCGGUGUGGACGACAACUCCAUGUCGGCUGACAUUGGUCCUGUUGAAGAUGAGAAGUUUCUCUUCACCCUAAUGAACAGUGAAGCUGUACUGGACCUGUCUCAUGUGAAGGCCGCGUUGUCCAGGUUUAGACGGAAUAACACGGUGGAAGAGAUAGAGGAGCAGUGGAAAGAGAACCGGCAUUUCUUGACCAAGAGUUACAAGCAGAAGCACAAGGAUGCCAUGCGCCAGCAGCGUCGACAGCAGCAUCGCUCCUCUGACCAGGCUGGUGGUGGGGGUGCAGGUACACGCAAGCGAAAGCGUCGUGCCUAAUCAUGGUGAUGUCUCUACUUGCUCCUUCAUUGAGCUGGCGUUACCUGUCAAGUUUCAUGGCGUGCUUUACAGCACGGGUCAUACAGCCCUAAGAAAGGGACACUAUACCCUGAAGCGGAGUCACACAGCCCUGAGAAAGGGACAACGUACCGCGAUCCAGAAUUAUACAGCCCUAUGUCAGGGACCGCAUACCCUGAUCCAGAACAGUGUGUGCCAGCCCUGGUGCCUUUAGAUCGACCUUUACCUUGUCAUGUUGAGUGCCUGCUGCUUUUCUUGAAACUGGAGCAGCGAGGAUGGCCCCACAUGCUUAGCACCCCCCCCCCCCCCCUCCCAUGAGCUUGAGUGAUCUAUGCCUCGUGUACACCUACUGUGAACCUUGCAUAUGUGUGUGUCUGUUUGCUGUAUUGCCAACAGUGCCCAGUGUCAUUGACCUACUGCAGUGAAUAAGGUAUCUGUGCUGUUGAGCUGGCCCAGUCUGCCCCCCCCCCUGCCAUUAAUUUUAUGACUCCCCCCCCCCCCCCCCCGCCAUUAAUUUUAUGAUUAACACUUAUGCGUCUCCGUGCUGUUGAGCUGGUACAGUGGCAGGUGACUUCAAUCAAUGCCCUGUACUGUUGAGCUGGCCAAGUGACUGUAUACCACGCAACCUGCCUUGUGUGUGUGCAUAUGUUGUGUGCAUGCGUGUGACUACAACAAUGCCUGAUAAUAGUGCUGGACUAGACAUACAUCAGGAUAAUUACUUAUUGAGAGAGUUAGCUGGAUUAAAUUUUUUCAGAGAAUGUUAUAGAAUGAUGUAUAUAGAUCUCUUGUGAGAAAGAUAAAUUCGAAAAUCAA